AUGGUUUUAAAACGCCCUUUGGUGGUGAUGGUGGCCGUGAUGGCGAUGGUGUACGUUGCUGCGGCUGGAGGAGGAUAUGGUAGUGGUGGAGGAGGCGGUGGAGGUGGAGGGAGAGGUGGAGGAGGAGGAAGAGGUGGUGGUGGUGGAGGAGGCAGGGGUGGAGGAGGAUUUGGCGGAGGACGGAGUGGAGGGUCAUCAGGAGGCGGAUUUGGAGGUGUUGGUGGAGUAAGUGGUGGAUUUGGUGGAGGAAGAGGAGCUGGUGGAUUCGGAGGCGGCAACGCACUUGGCGGUGGCGGCGGUGGCGGCGGUGGCGGCGGAGGAGGAGGAGGAUACGGUGGAGGUCGCGGCAGCGGCGGCGGAGGCGGAAGUGUGCUCCCCGCAGUUUUCCUUGGAAGUGGAAAGCUCUCUGGCGGUGGAGGCGGUGGAUUCGGAGGUGGUGGCAGUGGAGGCGGCGGAUUCGGAGGCAGCGGCGUUGGGGCUGGUGGAUUUGGAGGUAGCGGUAGUGGAGGCGGCGGAUUCGGAGGCAGCGGCGUUGGGGCUGGUGGAUUUGGAGGUAGCGGUAGCGGAGGUGGAUUCGGAGGCAGUGGCUUUGGCGGCGGCGGCGGAGGAGGCGGCGGCCGUGGAAGCGGUGGCUAUGGAAAAUGA